AUGAACAUUGGUACAAAGGCCAAUGUAACUGAAGCAAGGGCUUAUCUAACCAACGAGAGGAAGUACAAAGGGAAGCAUCCAAACUUGAAGUGCCAACACUGUAACUACCCUGGUCAUGUUAAGGAGACAUGUUGGAUCUUGCACCCAGAAUUAAAACCUGAUUUCAUGAAAGAAAACAAGGGCUCACAGAGGCUGAAUCGUACUACACAUAGAGCCAACCAUGCAUCUGUCUCCAUCUUCAAUGGAUCUGAUACACUCAAGAACUUCACAGCAAAUCCAACUGCACUUAUAAAUGAGUUUGCAUCGUAUCUUCAAAGCAAAAAUGGAGGGGCUGGAAGUAACCAUACAACCAGUAUUGAAGAUGGAAACUCGUCAGCGUUGCUUGGCAAGUUUGCUGGUUUUCUGGCAGACACUGAACACAUACCUCAACAAGACAUGCAAGGUAUCAUGAAUGCUUUCAAAACUGCUCUUAAUGAUUGUGUCACCAAGAAGACGAUUGGUGAAGGGUUUUAUCUAGAUGGCCUCUAUUACAUAUCAAAGAGCAAUCCCAGAGUUUUUCAAACCAAGUCCACCUCGCUUCAAGAUAGCCAAUUGUGGCAUCAACGUUUGGCUCAUCCUUCGCAACCUAUUUUGUCAACCUUGUUUCCAAACCUAGGGAAGGAUUCCAUUUCAUGUGAAACCUGCCAUAUGUCUAAGGCCACUAGACUACCUUUUAGCUCGUCUUUAUCCAGGGCUAGUAAGAUGUUUGAACUUGUUCAUUCGGAUGUAUGGGGGCCAACGAGUGAAUCUUUUGAUGGUUUUAAGUAUUUUGUAAUUUUUGUGGAUGAUUUCUCUAGAGCCACAUGGUUGUACCUUUUAAAGUCUAAAAAUGAAGUAAUGGAAGUGUUUAAGGAUUUUCAUAAUCUUGUUACAAACCUUCUCAUUAAUAGACUACCUAGCCGAGUCUUGGGUUAUAAAUCUCCCAUAGAGGUCAUGAAAGGAAGAAAAGUUGAUAUUUCACAUCGUAGAGUCUUUGGUUGUAUUUGUUUUGUUCAUGUCCAACCUCAUCAUCGAGAUAAAUUGGACCCUAGAGCAAUUAAAUGCAUUUUUCUUGGUUAUUCAUCAACACAAAAGGGAUAUAAGUGCUAUAAUCCCCAACUGAGAAAAAUGAUUGUGUCUAAAGAUGUUCGAUUCCAAGAAACUAAUCCUUUUUACAGCAAGUUACUUGAAACCACAAGUCAAGGGGAGUGUGUCUUGGAUUUGUUUCCUCUACCAAAAAUUGAGCUCAACAUUCCUUAUGCUUCAACAAAUAAAAGUCUCAGUCCUGUCAACAAUGAUGUACCAUUCACUGAGAGUAACAAUGAAGCCACUCAGUCUGAUGAGACACUGCAUGAGGAUGGUGACAACCAAGGUGAACUUCAAGAUGUAUCUCAAGAUUUGAAUGAGUGUGAGACAACACUUGCAGCACCACGACGCAAUCCUAUGCGUGAUAGACAAACCCCCACAAGGUUUCAAGAUUUUGUCACCUACAAACCCAAGCAUCCAAUCUCCCAUUGUGUAUCGUACCAAAAGGUGACUCCCUCACAUGCUGCAUUUCUAAACAAUAUUUCAAGUUACAGUGAGCCUCAAAAUUUUCAUGAGGCUAACAACAAUGAUGUGUGGAAAGAGGCAAUGCAAGAAGAACUUAAAGCUCUAGACCAGCACCAAACCUGGAGCAUCACCAAACUUCCAAAAGGAAAAAGGGCAGUGGGUUGUAAGUGGAUCUAUAAGAUCAAAUUUAAUUCAUAUGGUUCCAUUGAGAGGCAUAAAGCAAGGCUGGUGGCUCGGGGAUUCACUCAAACAUUCGAGGUGGAUUACAAAGAAACGUUUGCACCUGUUGCGAAAAUGAACUCAAUUAGGGUUCUAUUGUCUGUUGCGGUCAACAAGGGAUGGUCCAUGUAUCAGAUGGAUGUGAAUAAUUCUUUCUUGCACGGUGAUCUCGAAGAAGAAGUCUACAUGAAAUUGCCACCAGGACAUCCUCAAAACAAUGAACCUGAUUUAGUGUGCAAAUUGCACAAAUCAAUUAAUGGACUGAAACAAUCUCCUCGAGCUUGGUAUGCCAAGCUAAGUGAUAAUGCUGAAGAGAUCUCCAAGCUCAAACAAUCACUUCAACAAAGAAAGUAUGUUCUAGAUAUGCUCAAGGAAGCUAACAUGAGCAAUGCUAAACUAGCAAUAACUCCUCUUGAUAGCAAGCUUAAACUCAACUUGGAGGGCACGCCACUCACGAAUAUAAGCUAUUAUCAGAGACUUGUUGUCGAACAUUUGAACCUUGUUAAAAGGAUCCUACGGUACUUAAAAGGGUCUGUGGGUUGUGGCAUCAUCAUGAAGAAGAAUGAGAACACCCAAAUCAUGGGAUAUUGCGAUGCUGAUUGGGCAGGAAACGCAAUCGAUCGCAAGUCCACAAUUGGUUACUGUACUUUCGUAGGUGGGAACUUGGUCACAUGGAAGAGUAAAAAGCAAACUGUCAUCGCAAGAUCAAGUGCCGAAGCGGAAUACCGUGCAAUGGCCUCAACUGCGUGUGAACUGAUAUGGCUAAAGGGUCUUCUGUGUGAUUUAGGUGUGUUUACAACUCACCCUAUGUCCUUAUUCUGUGAUAACCAGGCAGCAAUGCACAUAGCAUCAAACCCAGUGUUUCAUGAGAGAACGAAACACAUUGAAAUUGACUGUCAUUAUGUUCGGGAACAAGUACAGUCGCAGGUGAUUCAGACCCAUUAUACAAGAAGCUUCGAUCAGUUGGCCGACGUAUUCACCAAACCUUUGGCUUCUCAUCAAUUUCAAAGGCUUCUGUCCAAGCUUGGAUCCAUCAACCUUUUGGAUCCAGCUUGA